AUGGAGACAACAGACACCAAAGAGCUAUCGGUCAUGAUAGUCGGGGCCGGACUUGCUGGAGUGCUGCUCGCGCUGUUACUGGAGCGGCAAGGUAUCAGCUAUUCAAUUUUAGAGAGAGCGCAGAUGGUCAAGCCUUUAGGGUCGGUGAUGUCCAUAUCUGCCAACAUUAUGCCGGUGCUCGAGCAACUGGGAUUACUCGAGGAAAUCGAAAGGAUAUCGAAACCAUGCGAAACCAUCGGGCUGUACGAUAUUCCGAUGAACAAGAUCGCCGAUAUGGGCAUACUUGAUUACAAAAGAAUGACUGGUUACCAGCCGCUCGUAUUUUCCCGACCUCAAUUUUAUGAACUUCUGGUCUCACGCAUCCCAUCUCAUAAGAUCCUCAGAGGAAAGAGGGUUCUUUCGAUCGAAGAGACCGAAGACAGCAUAAUGAUCAGCUGCGCUGACAAAUCGCAGUACCAGGGCGACAUCGUUGUGGGUGCUGAUGGCGCCUAUUCUGGAGUUCGCCAGAGCUUAUACAAGCGAAUGGAGCACGAGGACAUACUGCCGCAGAGCGACAUGGAGAGCAUGAAGGUGGGCUAUGUCUGUACAGUCGGAACGACCAAGCCCAUGGACCCCGAGAAGUAUCCUUUCCUGCAGAAUAAAGCAACGACGUUCUCACAGGUCGUUGGAAGAGACCUGCUCAGUGUAAGCAAAGUGGAUUCGAAGCACUACUCCUGGCAUAUCAAGGAUGGUAAAGGUGAAGAAGCGGCUUCCAGGAACUCGGAGUGGGCUCCAGAGACGGUUGAAACAUCGUUGAAAGAAUUUUACGCACUUCCGUCUCCUUUAGGUGGAGUGAUGAAGGAUUUGAUUCAGGCAACGCCCAGAGAAUCCAUAUCCAAGGUCUUUUUAGAAGAAAAGAUGUUCGAAACAUGGCACCACGGAAGAGUAGUCCUCAUUGCAUGCCAUAAGAUGUUGCCCGCUGCCGGUCAAGGUGCUGUCAAUGCGAUGGAAGACGCUGUGAUAUUGGCCAAUUGCUUGUAUGAUAUGAGGGCGACAAGGUUGUCAGACAUUACUGAGGCCUUUCAGGACUAUCGUGAGCAGCGCUACCCUCACGCUAAAGCCCAGUUCGAAAGUAGUAGGCUGGUUGCAAAACUCACUUGUGGUCAGAGUAUGAUGGAGUCAUUUAUCCGCCAGGUCGUAUUCAAAUGGUUACCAGACUCGUUCCAGCGACAAAGUUCAUUGAAGACCGCGUCGUAUCGCCCUCAGAUCAGCUUUCUUCCACUGAUUGAGAAUCGUGGCGAGGGGCCGCUUCUGCCCCAGAAGUCCUCCAGAAGAAGGCAACAUGAGGAAGUAGAGCAUUGA